GGUAGCUGUCAAGUUGUGCACUCGGGUAGUAGAAUAUUGAUUAUCGUGUUUUCAGCUUGCAGGCAGCUUUAUUUAUCGAAGAUUCAAAGCAACUCUCUGCUAGACACGUCAGUACGACUCCGGGUCAAAGAAAAUGGCUGCUGGCAUUGCUGACAGCAAGUGGACCAAAGUUCUUUCUUGUAAACCGAACUGAGACCAAAGCUCAUGUUUAAAUGAUCAUGUUAAAAUUGAGACAUUAAACAUUACUGUAUUGAAAGCCCAGAUCGUUCUUAAUUACACUGAAAACUGACGAAGAUGACAAAAGAUGCUAAAAGUGCCGCCACAAUAAGACGCAGAAAACAUCGACACAGGCAUGGUGAUCUUGAAAGAUUCAAAAGCUGUCGUCCAUCCUCACCUACACCAUUAGAAGAAAUAAAUGAGUUCAAUGAAGAAGAUGAGGGGUAUUUGUUCGAUGAUGAAAUUCUAGGACCUUCUGUGGUGAAAAAAAUCAUGUCAUCAGAAAAGACAUUAUUUCUUUCCUUGAUUUGCAUAAGGAUUGUUAAUUCACUGAUGAUACAAACUAGCUUUGUUCCAGAUGAAUUCUGGCAAUCUGUUGAAGUGUCUCAUAGAAUGGUGUUUGGGUAUGGACAUUUGACAUGGGAGUGGAAGAAUGGAUUGCGGGGUUACCUUUAUCCUAGUGUGUUUGCUUUCUUUUAUAAAGUUUUUGCAUUAUUAGGCCUGGACAGCAGGCAGAUGAUGAUUAAACUUCCCCGCAUAAUCCAAGGUAUUAUAGCAGCAACUGGCGAUCUGUAUCUAUACAAGCUGUCCUGGAUGCUGUGUGAUCGAGCCACUGCCCAGUGGUCACUGUUUUGCCAGAUGACCAACUGGUUCAUGCUGUACAGCACAACUCGCACCCUGACAAAUAGCACAGAGACAGUCCUUGUUACAGCUGCUCUUUAUUAUUUCCCUUGGCCUGGAAAACCUUCUUCAAGUCAUUCAGUGAGGAGGUUUCUACUGCUUGCUUCUUUAUCCAUCAUCGUCCGUCCAACAGCAGCGGUAAUCUGGAUCCUUAUAUGCUCCUGGCAUCUACAAAACUGUAAAAACAACCUGUAUAGGACUGUAAAAACAUACAUUAUCGUGGGAGUUGUUUCCCUUGGAAUGUCAGCAACAAUUGACCGGGUAUUUUACGGGGAGUGGACGUUUGUGCAAUACAAUUUCCUUCAGUUUAAUGUCCUUGGUGGUGGUGGUUCGUUUUAUGGGACACAUCCAUGGCACUGGUACCUAACCCAGGGCCUUCCAGUUGUCAUGGGGCUGCACAUGGCUCCAUUUUUGAUGGGAAUAAGGAGAGCGAAGAAUUUUGUACCGCUGUUCGUCAUCAUUUGGACCAUCUUUAUAUACAGUUUUCUUUCUCACAAGGAAUUCAGAUUUUUAAUGCCGAUUCUCCCAUUGACCUUUCAUUAUGGAGGAGUUUUCUUUCAGUCAUAUUGCAAGAAACCAAAAAUGAAAAGGAAACAGAUAAAGCGGGUAUAUGAAAAUGUCAAAAACGAUAAUGUCAGGGGUAGUCAAGAAAGCCUCGUGAGCAAUGGUGAUGGAAGUGAAAGCAACACAACCGAAAUCUCAUCUGAGCAAAGUGUGCUUUCUACUGAAACUAGCGGCAUUGCUUCAGAGGCCAGUCUUGGUACAGAUACCGAGGUUUCUAAGCAAAACUAUCCUGAUGAAGUGGGACCAAAAGGAACAGAUGAGAAAACAGAACAUAUUGUGGACAACGAUGAUGGUGAUACUAUGGAAGGUGGGAAAGACAUUCAAGAGGAAACUAGAGAUAUGGCCAAGAAACGUGAUUUGUCUGCGAAUGAAAUUAUAGCUGAGAUGGAAAAGAAGCAAAAGGAAUCUCAUAAAAACAAUUUGACAAAGGCCAAAGUGUUUGUGAUAAUUAUACUUUUAGUAAACAUUCCGGCAUCAAUGUAUUUUUGCUUAAUACACCAACGAGGGACCAUUUAUGUCAUGAAGUACAUUCACGAUGCUAGUCUGCAACAUAACAUCGAUGCUCUUUUUCUCAUGCCUUGUCACUCUACGCCGUUUUACAGCUACAUACAUCGAAAUAUCAGUAUGCGAUUUUUAACUUGUGAACCAAACCUACAGCACAAAGAAAACUAUACAGACGAAGCUGAUGUCUUUUUCAACGACCCUGUUAGUUGGCUGAAAACCGAGUAUGCAGGCUCAUCACGCCCAUGGCCCUCGCAUUUAGUUUACUUUAGUCCUCUGCAAAGCGAUAUAGAGCUGUAUCUGCUACAGAACGGCUAUAAAGACUGUGCUAGCUUUUUUCAUACACACAUUCCAGAGGGCCGAGUCGGAAGUCACGUUAUUGUAAGCUGUAGAUAGCAAUUAUUGGUCAUUCUUAGUCACCUUUAUGUCAGCAACAUUUAAAAAAUAAAUAGUUUUAGUAUUAUUUUAAACGUGUUUCAAUGUUAACUUGCUGAAUGAUAUAUGUAUAUAUUCACGAAACAUGACGAAAUUAUUUUGGUUGACAAAGAGCACAUGGACUUUUUAGAGCUCUGUGCGCAAGCGCAUUUCGCGUGGCUUCGUCGACGAUGAAGUCAAAGAUCCAAAACAACCAAUGUGAUUUAUAUCUAUAAAUAUAUGUUUGCAAGUCACGCUAACUUUGUUAAGAUCUCGAUUUACUUAUACAUUACUUUUUAUAUAUGUUUGCACUGUCUAUAUGUUACCGAUAUAGGGUAUGUUCCAGAUAGCAUUUCAAUUUCACACAGUAUGUGUAUUUCAGGUACAUUUAAACUUUGUGUACUACGAUUAGAAAGCUUGUUAAAUAAUAUUAACAAUUGCCUGUAGAAUAGGCAAUAUUUGAUAGUAUUUAGUUUAAAAAUGUUUUUCUGAUAAUCUAACGCAAAUUUGACGUUUGUAUUUUUAUGCCCCCGAAGGUGGGCAUAUUAAAAUCGCACCGUCCGUCCGUCCGUCCGUCCGUCCGUCCGUCCGGCUCUGUAACUUUCCCUUGUAUGGACAGAUUUUAAAAUAACUUGCCACAUGUGUUCCACAUACCAAGACGACGUGUGGCAUGCAAGACUCGUGUCCCUAUCUCAAAGGUCAAGGUCACACUUAGUGUUUAUUCACAAUGGAGUGCUGCAUAUAAGGACAUAGAGUAUAGGUUGUCGUGUCCGGGCUGUAACUUUUUCUUGUAUGGACAGAUUUUAAAAUAACUUGCCACAUGUGUACCACAUACCAAGACGACGUGUCGCGUGCAAGACCCGUGUCCCUACCUCAAAGGUCAAGGUCACACUUAGUGUUUAUUCACCAUAGAGUGCUGCAUAUAAGCAUAGAGUAUAGGUUGUCGUGUCCGGGCUGUAACUUUCUCUUGUAUGGACAGAUUUUAAAAUAACUUGCCACAUGUGUUCCACAUACCAAGACGACGUGUCGCGUGCAAGAACCGUGUCCCUACCUCAAAGGUCAAGGUCACACUUAGUGUUUAUUCACAAUGGAGUGCUGCAUAUAAGCAUAGAGUAUAGCUUGUCGUGUCCGGGCUGUAACUUUCCCUUGUAUGGACAGAUUUUAAAAUAACUUGCUACAUGUGUUCCACAUACCAAGACGACUUGUCGCGUGCAAGAACCGUGUCCCUACCUCAAAGGUCAAGGUCACACUUAGUGUUUAUUCACAAUGGAGUGCUGCAUAUAAGCAUAGAGUAUAGGUUGUCGUGUCCGGGCUGUAACUUUCCCUUGUAUGGACAGAUUUUAAAAUAACUUGCCACAUGUGUUCCACAUACCAAGACGACGUGUCGCGUGCAAGACCCGUGUCCUUACCUCAAAGGUCAAGGUCACACUUAGUGUUUAUUCACAAUGGAGUGCUGCAUAUAAGGACAUAGAGUAUAGGUUGUCGUGUCCGGGCUGUAACUUUCCCUUGUAUGGACAGAUUUUAAAAUAACUUGCCAAAUGUGUUCCACAUAACAAGACCACGUGUCGCGUGCAAGACCCGUGUCCCUGCCUCAAAGGUCAAGGUCACACAUAGUGUUUAUUCACAAUGGAGUGCUGCAUAUAAGGACAUAGAGUAUAGGUUGUCGUGUCCG